AUGUCAUUGAAAGACGACCUCAAGGAUAAUGACAGUGAAGACUCGCUUAUCUCCCAGUUCGAGACUACUUUGACCAUCAGGUCCACUGCCAACGACUACGAAGAUGACGUUUCCAUGGCUCACUCCACCUUCUACAAUCACUCCGGUUAUAUGAGAGAUCAGACGAUCCCCAUCUAUGAGGAGGAUGAGGAUGACGACGACGAGGUGAUACAUCCAGCAGAGAUCAUUCAGUUCAAAGGUAAGCGAACCAACCGUCUCAAAACAACUAGCGCUUCCCGGUCCAGCUCAAACUCUCGCUCCAGCAAGAGCCCCAGUCCGCCACCGAUUCCAGAACUUAUAUGGGAAGAGACCCAAAAGUACGAGAAGAUCUUGAAGCCUUCGAGUUUAAUUGACACAUCGUUGUCAAAGUUUACAAACACCUUCAGCGACUUCUUGAAAUCCAACCCACAAAUAGAGCGUGACUCGCCCAAGUUUAGGAAGGAGAGUGACAGAACCCUUGUGGUGUUAUCGCCCUACUCAGCUGAACACGCAUUUGGCAGAAAAUGGGUCACCAAGUCGUAUCUAGCCACCAUUUUCGAGCGCCCACAACGUUUACUAGCAUCUUGCAUAGGCAUUGCGGCGGCAUUGACCAUGUACCCGUUCUUCUACAAGAUCGUCAACUCCACCAAAAGAGGGUCUAUUUUUUCAUCGCAUGUAUUGAAGAUUCAUGGCAAAAACUGGCCCCGAAAGCUAUACGAACUAUGUCUAGAAAGCCACGAGAAGCUCGCGGAGGGAAACUUGGAGGUUCCAGAAGAUUGGAAUACCGGUGACAUAUACUUGAUUCCAAAAACCAUCAAUGCCAUUGAAGGGGUUAUAGGAGCCAUUGAAACGGGUAUCGACUCUUUAUUCAAGCAGAACUACAAUUUGUCCUUCAUUGUGAUCAGGCCGCCUGGCCACCACUCCCAUGCAUGUUUGCCAAGCGGGUUCUGUUUGUUGAAUAAUGUCCAGAUUGGUAUUGAAUAUGCGUUUGAAAACUACGAUGUUAGUCAUGUGGCCAUUCUUGACAUCGAUUUGCACCACGGGGACGGGUCUCAGGAUAUUUGUUGGGAAAGAGCCGGAUUCACCGGCGAUUAUGGAAAGGACGAAGAUGAGGAUCUUGAACUUGGAUUCGAACCCAGAGAUGAAUAUGGAAAACGGUUUGCUCGAUACCCCAAGGUCGGGUACUUUUCUUUGCACGAUGUAAAGUCAUACCCCACGGAAUUGGGCUACGCCACAAAGGAAAACAUCAAGAAUGCCUCUACCUGCAUCAUGGAUCAUGAUUUGAACAUUUGGAACGUUCAUCUUCAAGAAUGGGAAGAUGAAGACGAAUUCUACAAGCACUAUAAGACUAAGUACGUAUCGAUUCUCAACAGAGUCAACCAGUUCUUGAACCAAGCCAAGAAGCAGCACGAAUUGGAGUUCCAACAGUACUUGAUAAAUAAGAAGAAUGGUAGCUUGAACUCCAACAGCAAAGAUAAGCCUCCUAUGGCCUUCAAGCCCAUGAUAGUCAUAUCGGCAGGGUUCGAUGCUUCUGAGUAUGAAAACCCCCAGAUGCAACGCCAUGGGAUCAAUGUGCCGACAUCGUUCUACUCCAAGUUCACCAACGAUGCUGUCAAAUUAUCCAAAAUCCAUAACUCAAAGCUCAUAUCUUUCUUGGAAGGAGGAUAUUCGGACGGGGCGUUGACCACUGGUAUCUUUUCUCAUUUGAUAGGCUUGACCAACAGUGUCAAUGCUCAUAUGGAAGGAGAUAAGGUUGACUCCAAUCUCUGGAACUCUACGUGGGGAUCAGAUUUUGUCAUGAAGGAGUUGACCAAGGGUUGCAAAAAAAAUUGGAUGCCAUACAAACAGCCCAAGACCGAUGUGACCAUCUGGGCCAACGAAGCCAUCAAGCUCGGCCGGUCGAUGAUGCCAAACGCGGUUCUACCCAACAAUUAUAUCUACCAAUACAAAGAAGAAGGAGCCGGGGACAUUCCUAACCGAAUGGUCAAAGACCUUAUUGAUGCGGACACCAGGAUUAAUGAAGAUGGUGGGCCCCGGCAUACCCGGUCCUACCUCAAGAAACUAGCAUUAGCACAGCAAAAAGAAUAGAAAUACAAAUAUUAAGGUUCAGAUAUCCUUUUGCAACACUUACAUUCUGUA